ACCAUUUUCUUCAGAGGAGUCUUUAAAUUGUUCUUGUCUUUAUUUGGUUUGUAGUUGAUAAAUAAGUUCAUUUUGUGCAGAUUGCGUGUCAUCUGGUGUUCUUUGUAAACAGCAGACGUUAAAGUCUCUGCCAAUCUACUCCGUCUCACACCAGCGCCUAUGUGUGAGUGUGUGUGUGUGUUUGCGUGAGUGUGUGCUGAUGACCACACUGUGGGAUUAGUAGCCACAUGACAACACUGGGCUGGACGCCCACUGAGCCCUUCAUUGUGUUUUGCUCGCAGCAGACGCAGUCUGACUGCAGCCGGUUCACUGAAAGCUGGAGAUUUCCAGGCUUCAUCUGUGUGAUCCUGUAAAUGAGGUCGGAAGCGGGCAGACUCUCGUGAUGGAGCAGGACGCCGCCAGUUUAAGUGGAGAGGACAACUUUGUGGGGAAAUCACCCUGCUGCUCUGACUCCGAGGCUCUGAGUCAAGGAGACAAAGAUUACGCCGACAUCCUGGAGCUGAAUCAGUUUGAUGGACUUCCUUAUUCGUCUCGGUUUUACAAGCUGAUGGAGGAGAGGAAAGAGCUGCCGGUGUGGAGAGCAAGGAGUGAAUUCAUGGACACGCUGGCCCAUCAACAGUUUGUUGCUGUCAGUGGAUUUGCCAAAACAGGAAGAAGUUCCCAAAUUCCCCAGUGGUGUGCCGAGUUCGGCCUGUCAGUCCAGUUCCAGCAUGGCAUGGUGGUCUGCACCCAAACCCAUUCCCAGCAGGCCGUGGAUCUCGCCCUGAGAGUGGCAGAUGAAAUGGACGUGAACAUCGGCCAUGAAGUGGGGUACAGCAUCCCUCUGGAGAAAUGUUGUACCAGCGAGACGGUACUAAGGUUCUGCACGGACAACACUCUCCUCAGAGAGAUGAUGUCCGACCCUCUGCUCGAGCGCUAUGGUGUGGUGGUCGUGGACCAGGCCCACCAGAGGACCGUCGCCACCGACGUGCUCCUCGGCCUGCUGAAGGACAUCGCCCUGCAGAGGCCGGAGCUGCGAGUGGUUCUCCUGUCAGCCAUGGAUCCCACCCCCAAGCAGCUGACCCACCUGUCGGGGUCAGAGGUCCCCGUGAUCCGCGUUGAAGCGCCGGGAGCAGGGGAGGUGGUGUACAGCAGCUCCGGCGGCGACUACUUCUGCUCGGCUUUGCGGCUGGUUCUGGAGAUCCAUCGCUCUGAGGAGUGGGGCGAUGUGGUUGUGUUUCUGGUCACGACACAGGAAAUAGAUCUGGCCCGUGACAUCCUGUGUCACGAAGUUCACGGCUUACCCCCUCACCUGGGUGGGUUGGUUCCUAUUGCGGUGCAUCCCGGCCAACCGGGGAGUCUUCCCAUUCUAGGGGAUGAGGAGGCGGAGCCGACACGGAGAGUGAUCCUCACGAGCAGCCCGAAUGAAGACUUCUUCUGGGCGGAUCGCUCCAUCAGAUUCGUUAUUGAUGCUGGUCUUGAGAAAAGAUGUGUUUUCAAUCCCAGAAUCAGGACAAACUCAGCCGUCAUCCAGCCGAUCAGCGCAGCUCAAGCAGAGAGCCGCAAACAGUUGACCGGCCCAGCAGGGAAGUGUUUUCGUUUGUACCCAAAGGAUAGACAGCUUCCUGCUGAGGCUCGCCCCCAGAUUGUGGAGUCUGACAUCACCUCCACCGUGCUCUUCCUCAAGAGGAUGGAGAUCUCCGGGAUGGGUCACUGCGACUUCAUUGACAGACCAGAUCCUGGAUGUUUAAUGCAUUCCUUGGAGGAACUGGACUACCUAGCGGCUUUAGACAACGACGGUAACCUCUCCGAGAUGGGCAUCAUCAUGUCCGAGUUCCCCCUGGAGCCGCAGAUGGCCAAAACCGUGCUGGCGUCCUGCGAGUUCGACUGCGUCAGCGAGGUGGUCAUCAUCGCUGCCAUGUUAGCAGUUCCAUCUUGCUUCAUUGACCCCCCUGCGGAGCUGAAAGCGGAGGCCAGCAGAGGUCACGUGAAGUUCCAGCACCCAGAGGGGGACCACUUCACUCUCGUCAACAUCUACAAGGCCUUCAAGCAGCGCCAGCAGGAUCCAUACUUUAAUGAAGAAAAGUGGUGUCAGGACUUCUUCCUGAGCCACACGGCUCUCCUGAUGGCCGACGCGCUCCACGCCGAGCUCACAGACACUCUGAGGAGGAUCGAGCUGCCCAUCUCGAUGCCCGCGUUUGGAUCUCGAAGCAACACCCUGAACAUAAAGAGAGCGCUGCUCGCUGGAUUCUUCAUGCAGGUUGCACGCGAUGUAGACGGUUCUGGAAACUAUUUUAUUUUGACCCACAAGCACGUGGCUCAGAUCCAUCCGCUCUCUGGAUAUGGAGCCAAAAGCCCCAAACUGGGUCUGCCUGAGUGGGUUCUGUUCCACCAACACAGCUUCUCAGAGGACAACUGCCUCCGGACGGUAACUCGCAUCACACCAGAAGAGUUUAUUCAGAUGACGCCUCAGUACUUUUUUUAUAACCUGCCGCCAAGUGAGAGCAAAGAAAUCCUCCAAAACCUUUUCAAUCACGCCGAUUCGGAGUGCGGGGAGGAGAAGCGUCCGUCACAGGAGGAGCAACGGCAGGAGCCGCCGUCGGAGCGCUGCGUCGUUCAGUGACCAGGAGAACCUCCAGGAGUGAAAUCACUCUGAGCUCACGGUUCACUUUAGAUUCAAUCACUUGUUUUUAUUUUGAUUAUUGAACUAAUAUAUGAAAAUAAAAGAAAAUUUUCAA